AUGACAAGGAUGAGCAACGGGAAGUCAUACCGUGAACAAGCAGCUCCAUACCGGAGACCGAUUUCGACCAGAACGAACGAUAAGGUGUCAAUGUUUGGACGAAUCAGAAGGAGUCUCUUUGGGGGAGCACAUUCGAGCAAACCUGAUGAUAAAGACGAAUCCUUACAAUCGAUGUCGUCACAUAGACAAAGAGGCCAGAAGCUGGCAAAUGUGAACAAACGAGUGAUGAGUUCUUCAAGCAUACCUGGCGGGUUCUUCAAUGCGGACGCUAGCAAUAUAUCGAUUGUUCCCCAACCUAGUGAAAACAAUAACACUAUUGAAGGGGAGAUGAAUGGUACCAAUUUGGCAGCCGACAUCUCUGUCUCAUCGAAUGCGAAAUUGGCCAAUUUUUUUGCAAACAAAGGGGAUGCAGCAUUGUCUGAGAUGGAGAUGGAAGGUGUGAUGUCGUUGAUGAAGAAAGCCAAUACUACCGGUACUAAUAACGUUGGGCCUGAUAUCACCAAUGGCGAUGGCAAUGAAGAGGACAAUGAGUCUGUGGCGAAUGGUACCAUGGCCAGUUCCCGUUAUGGUGGUGGUGCAGGACGAGCCCAUGAGGGGAAAUCUACCAUAUUACGAGGGAACAACCUUGGAUCUGUGAACAAUUCAUUCAAGAUGCCGUCAUUCACUCCAAGAUACGACCAUUCCACAAUGACAUUAGACCGUCAUGCACAUCAUCGUAACCAUAACGAUAAUACGAUGAUGCAACGCAAUACGUCGUUUGCCUCUACUGCCUCAUCUACAAGAAGAGUCUUUGAUUAUAAUAGAUUACCAUCACCAUAUAAGACGGUAGUGUUUAGAUAUAAGAGUAUAAAUGGUAGUGAACCUGGUAAGACAAAUACCAAAGAAUUAUUGUCGCGCAGACAUCAACAACAACACAAAGGUAAUGAAAGGGUUAAGAUCGAUAAACCUAAGAAAAGGGUGAGUAACACUGCUAGUGCAUUAUUAUCCUUAUUAGAUAGUAAUCAGAACGAAACUGUCGAUGAUGAUGAUAAGGAUAGUAAUAAUAACAGUACUAAUUUGUUGGCAAAUCCAUAUUCUACUUUAGUGCCACGAGUACGUAAGAAACCAAUUCCACAACAAACGAUACCAACUGUUGAGAAUGACUCUGUUCUUCCAUCUGAAGUGGUGACACCUAUUGAAACAACAACGAAACCUGUUGUCGACGCUCCAAUAGAGUUACCUAAGAGAAACAAGCCAGAACCGAUUGCAACUGGCACUACCACUAUGACUACGACUACGACUACACCUGAACAUCCAUUCAAACUAUACAAGCCUACAAGGUCUUCCUCCUUAAGAUCCAGUGUAGUUGCAGCAGAUCCUACCACUGCCAGUACCACUGCCACUACCAGUACCACCACGACUGAAGAGAAAAAACCAGAAGUUGAACAAGCACCAUCCAUUUUCCCCGUACCAGGGACGAUUCCAUCAUUUACGAUGAAGAAACCUGAACAUGAACCCCUAAUCGAAAAAGCUCCUACAUUUAAUGCAAUUGCACCUCCGUCCAACAUUUUUAAUAUUAAGACAUCCAGUGAGAAUAUCAAUAAUACAAGCACGUCUACUGUUCCACAGUAUGAAUUUAAUAUAAGUUUACCAUCGUCUGACAUCGAUCCCACCACUGUUGAUGAUAAACAAGUUGAACAAUUCAAAUCAUUAUUUGCAUUUUAA